AAUGCAGUAAAUGGUCAAAAGUUGCACCGACACCAUUCGCGAACAGGGACUGCAGGGUGCGGUGUAUAUGCAAGCUGGGGUAAAUCUGCCGUUUCUUCCACUUAUUCACCGAGGAGAGAUGGCAGCGACUUUCCUAACGGACGAUGCUGCCUGGCAGGCCUUACAGAAAUACUAUGAUGAAAAUGGGAAGAAGCUGAACAUUCUGGAAAUGUUCAAGUCGGACCCGGAUCGAUUCAAGAAAUUCAGCUUAUCUGUUCCUCUUGGUGAUAGUAAUGGCGAUAUUUUGCUGGAUUUCUCCAAAAAUCUCAUCAAUGAAGAUGUCUUCAAGUUGCUCAUUGAUCUGGCUAAAUCUCGCAAUCUGGAGGCUGCUCGGGAACGCAUGUUUACCGGAGAGAAGAUCAACAUCACAGAGGAUCGUGCCGUACUUCAUGUUGCCUUGCGCAAUCGCUCUAACAGACCCAUCUUGGUGGAUGGACAAGAUGUCAUGCCAGAGGUCAACAAGGUCCUUGCACAGAUGAAGACCUUCACAGAGGCUGUACGCAGUGGUGAAUGGAAGGGCUACACGGGCAAAGCUAUCACUGAUGUGGUCAACAUUGGUAUUGGUGGAUCAGAUUUAGGCCCUGUCAUGGUAACUGAGGCUCUCAAGCCCUAUGGAGGGAAUCUGAAUGUUCAUUUUGUGUCCAACAUCGAUGGCACUCACUUGGCCAUGACACUGAAGAAACUUAACCCAGAAACAUCUCUCUUCAUCAUUGCUUCCAAGACGUUCACUACUCAAGAGACCAUCACAAAUGCAACAUCUGCCAAGAAUUGGUUCCUUGCAACAGCUAAGGAUCCUGCUCAUGUAGCCAAACACUUUGCUGCCCUAUCAACCAAUGCGGUUAAGGUUACAGAGUUUGGCAUUGACAAGAACAACAUGUUCCCCUUUUGGGAUUGGGUUGGAGGACGUUACUCCCUCUGGUCUGCCAUAGGCCUAUCCAUUGCCCUGUACAUUGGGAUGGAUAACUUUGAGGUCUUGUUGUCUGGUGCCCACUUCAUGGACAACCAUUUCUAUCAGACUCCUCUGGAAAAGAAUCUGCCAGUGGUGUUGGCUGUGCUUGGAGUGUGGUACCACAACUUCUUUGGAGCUGAAACCCACGCUUUGCUGCCAUAUGACCAGUACAUGCAUCGCUUUGCGGCCUACUUCCAACAAGGUGAUAUGGAAUCUAAUGGCAAAUACAUCACAGCAACCACCGGUCGCCGUGUAGAGUACACUACAGGACCCAUUGUAUGGGGAGAGCCGGGUACCAACGGCCAACAUGCAUUCUAUCAACUCAUUCACCAAGGAACCCGCAUCAUUCCUGCUGAUUUUCUGGCUCCUGUAGAAACCCAUAACCCCAUCACAGAUGGACUCCACCAUGAGAUCUUGCUGGCUAAUUUCUUGGCCCAGACUGAAGCCUUGAUGAAAGGAAAGACUGUAGCAGAGGCAGAAGCUGAAUUGAAGGGGUCUAACAUGUCAGAGGCAACUAUGAAACGCAUCCUGCCUCACAAGGUCUUCGAAGGCAAUCGGCCAACCAACUCCAUUGUUAUCCAGAAGCUCACUCCCUUUACUCUUGGAGUUUUGAUUGCAAUGUAUGAGCACAAGAUCUUCACUCAGGGAAUCAUCUGGGACAUUUGCUCCUUUGAUCAGUGGGGGGUGGAGCUUGGUAAGCAGUUAGCUAAGAUCAUUCAGCCAGAGCUGAAAGACAACAAUCCUGUGACCAGCCAUGAUUCGUCCACCAACGGUCUGAUUAACCACAUCAAAACCAGUCGUACCAAGUGACGGGUUGGGCCCACAUCUCUAGAUGACAGCAGCGUGGACACUGGAGGGGUCAGUGGUGGUCAGGUCAAAAGUCGGCAGUUCAGAGGCAAGGAGGUCAAAUUUCAAGAAGGCCAGGAAAUAAUCCCUAGAACCAAGUAUAGCAGCAGAGGUCAUAAGUCCGGUAUGUGUUUGCUCAUCUAAGAUGUCGGGCGUGUUUUGGAAGUGUUGUGAUUUUGUUUAAGUAUUGGUUUAUUUGUUAUUGUUUUGAAAUGUUUUCAGAUCUUCAACAUGAUAGUUUAUUAUCACUGUAGCACUACACUACAAGAGCACACUUUGGAAUUUAUGUCCAGCUGGGCUUUUGUAAGAGUCAUAGUCAUACACAGAUUUGACGUCAUCAGAUGUUUGUCAAGUCAUCCAUCUCUGUUGCUCCCCGCACACAAAUUAUGACAUCAUAGUAAAAGUAAUCAAAUUACAUUUGAAAGUAACUGUGAUCAUUUUUAUUAAAUUUCUUACACAGAUGUGCUUUUUUGGUUUGUGCACACAUUUUACUGUUUGUUGGUUUGGAAGUGGUGUUUGGAUGUUAAUUUCAUUCUGUAUAAAUUUGGUUAAAUAUUUUUCUGUUGCCUGUCUGUAGAGUUUGAUAAGUGAGUUUAUUUCAGCUUCGUUUUUCAUGGAACAAAGGGUCUGUGCGUCAUGUUACUUCCAUAUUAUCAUUGUUCAAUUGUUUCUGACUUUGCCCAAAGUGUAUCACGUUUAUUUUUGCCAGUUGUAUUGCUUGAAAUAUACAGAAGAGACACACACUUACCAGA